UGAGGGAGGGGGUGCAGGAAUAUGAGUGUGUGCAUUUUCAAGGCGGUCUUUCUGCUGCGAGGAGGGAGGAAAAAAAACUGUAGUCUGACAGGAAAACGAAUAGCCGCUGAUCAAAGCAUGGAAUGGCUGUUUUAGCGGCUGGGGACGGAGGCUGCAUGCCCAGAGAUGUGCGGGAUUUGCGUGGUUAAGGUGGAAUCACCUCAGCGGCGCGCGUGAAAGAGGGAACAAGAGGAGCGGGGAGGGGGCGGGGGUGCGUGGACCUCGCUUGGACCCACAGGCGCCCCGAUUGUGCUCCGCUCCCAUCAUUUUUGGAGGUGAGGACAAAAGAAAGGAGCAAGAAGAAGAAAGGAGGGGAAAUCGGAAGAAAGGCCCGGGAUUGUGGGUGUCGUGACGGGGCCCCCCGGAUUCUCGCCGCCGCUGGUCGGGGUCGUCUGGACUCCGAAGGCUGAGGCGGGAGCGGCGGAGCGGUCGACUCGAGGCUGGGGUUUCCUGCCACAGCUGCGGGAUUGUCACAGAACAGCCUUUCAGUCUUCGUGGGGCCUCGUAUUGCUGCGUUUUCAGAACUGUGCAGAGCUCUGAUCAGCUGCUCAUGGAAAGAAAACUUCCAUGCUUGGAUGGACUGAAAAAGAAAGACGGAGAACAGAAACGGGAGCUGAUGGAACCUGAGAUGGACUGAAUGGAUUACAGUUGUUCUGCUCAGGUUUUCCAUGGAUUUAUUUAAGCUGAAAUGACGAUAUAAAGGAAAAGGAAAAGAAGAAAAAAGCGAAAGCAUGCUGAAGAUACCACCACCACGAAAACUCUGAAGUCAGAGGGGGAAAAGGAGUCAAACUACGUACGGACCAAACACUUUUCUCAACCCUGCAUGAAUCUGGAGAAACAUUUCAAGAGCUGACGAAGGCAUCCAUGGAGUUUUUAUCUCUUGGAGUGUUUAGAAAGGAUCUGCAAUCAAAACUCAGUUUUGUUUCUGGAGCUUUUGUCUCACGCUGGUGUGAGUCAAAUCCAGGGAAUCUUUCAAAUGUUGACAAACUGAAGGGUUGGUUAGCGUAGCAAAGCAGUGUACUUUUUUAAAGAUUUAGAUGAUCAAACAUUAAUUCAACCCAGUUUUAUCCUAAAAUAGCAUCUUUGGGUUGAGGUUUCACAGUGCGGUGGAUCCAUGUAAAGACAUUUCAAGUUUAGUGAUGUGGAUCAUGAUAACGCCUUCUCACUUCUUUGGAUUCACAUUUUGGAAAUCUGCGUUAAGUCUCUGAAAACAUUUUUGAAGAUCAAGUUUGAAUGCAAGCAGAAGAAGAAAAUUUAUGAGUGUUCAACCUCAUCCUCUACACGUUGUGCUCCAAAAAAGACAACAUUUAUGUGUCUUUGCUUCAGUGGAUUUCAAAAGAUUUGGUUGUUUUACCGCCUGGCUGUGAACUUUUUUUUUUUUUUUUUAAUCGUGACAGCCAUAAACUUUCCAGAUUUUGAUUUGAGUCAUUCCCACCAUCAAACGGACACUGACAGUUUUUUUUAACCAAUCCUUGGACAGAUAAUGCAGAAUUUUUCGAACAGUCCGGCUCCUCCUACCCUCCCCCCCGGGUUUAGUGGGAGAGGUGUGGGUGGACCUUCAUAUCCCCCUCAGCCGACUGAGCCCCAGAUCUCCCCAAGGAUGACAGAUGAUUAUGUGGGGAUGCAACAGCAAAGCAUGCACAGAGGCCUUCCCCACCCAGGUCAGGCCAGCCACAUGCUUAGCUACAGUGCCAGAAGCAGAGGAGUUCUGGAGCCAACUCCAACACAGGGUAACAUUCACAGCGGCGGCGGCAGCAACAACCCCUACAGGAAGGACGCUAUGGAUUAUUAUUUUUCAAUGGGUGGAAAGGACAGACACAGACGGGGAGGGAUGAGUUAUGGCGGAGGUUUUGGGUAUCCCGGUAUUGAUGGACAUAUAUCCCACCAGUACCGGCACCCUGGACCUAGUUCUGCCCCGUCUUCUGGCCUGAUGUCGCCUUAUCCAGUAGACUAUGCUUCAAGUGUUGGAUCGGGUGGAGGUGCAGGAGCCUUCUCUCCUUCUCAUCAGUAUAGUAUGAAUCAGAGCCCUUCAAUGCAGCCAGUGCCAGGAGCUCAGAUGCAACACCGCCAGCACGGGCAGAAUUUCCCUGCUGUCCACCAUGGACAGCAACAUCGAAGCUAUCCACACUCCGGGCACAGGAUGACCCCACAGUACCCACAGUACUCUCCACAGGGUGGAGCCUCCACAGGGUCAUCAGGAAUGUAUAGCCCUCCUCUUCAGCGAUAUCUGGAUGGAGCUGCCAACACUGGCUUUGAUCCCAAAGUCAACAGUUCUCCCAGUGUCAACUCAAGCUUAAACUCUGUGUCAAGUUCAGUUGCUGCUAACAAUGUGGGACUAACAGAGACUGUUCCACAGAGUUACCACGCUACAAACUAUCCAGGAUAUUCCCCACAGUCACUUCACAAGCAAGCCACGCUACAGCACCGCAACUCGCAGCAUAGUUUAGGUCCAGCUUAUGACACCCCUCUCAAAAUGCAGCACCAGGGUCCAUCUCCAAGCUCUGCUUAUGUGAAGCAUCAUCAAGCCUCUAGCACUAGUAUAACUCAACCAGCAUCUCAAGACAUAGCAAAAUCCCCAAUGAAUCCCAGCGCACAGCAAACCCAGAUCAACCAAAACUUUAGCCCAAUCUCCAACCCCUCUCCAGCUGCCUCUGCAUUGCAUUCACCAAGCUGUAGCUCCUCUCCGUCCCCAUUGAUGGGGAUUCCAGAUGCACACGCAAACCCCCCAGGUCUUGGUUCUUCGCAUCCUCCUUCGUCAAACCCCCGUAGCAGCCAUAGUCAAGGUAGAUUACUGCAGACCAUGCCUCAGUUGAGCCCCACACCCAACUCAAAUAGCAGCAUCAGUAGUUCUGGUAGUAGUGGCAGCCAUAAAGCUCUCAGUGUGACUUCUGUCGGAGGGAGCGGUCUUCCUCCAACUGGUCGCAGCAAAAUGAGUCGAGGUGUGGGGAUCGCAUCCCGUGAGGAGUAUUCGGCUUCUGCGCUUGAUAAAAUGCAAGAUGCUGGUCUGAAUAGUCUCAAUGCCUUGAGCUCACAAGUAGCUAAUAUACCAAACACUGUUCAGCACAUGCUCCUCACCAACACAGUACUCUCGCAAAAGAAGAAAGAUAUGGGACAGAUGCAGCCGGGCCCACAUACUGUUCCUCAGUCUCUACCAAGGAGUCGAAAUGAAAGUAUUGCCUCGAGUGCUAGCACAGUCAAAGAUGGAAGCGUAGCCGGGACCUCUGAUGGCGCCACCCUUGAUGUUGGUGUUGAUGAAGACUCUUCCUUAGCAUCAGGUGGAGCCUGUUCAGGGACCAAGAUGGAGCGAGAAGAGCAGCUUUCUGAAGGAGAACAUCAGAGAGUGAGGCAGAUGAGUGGUGCGAGCAGUGGUUCAGAGACUAAUUGCUAUAUUCAAACACAGACUGGGGAGCCAUUAAAUAUUAAAUCCUCUGAUAUACCACCAAGAGAAACAUCUGCGACAGAAACAGAAUUAAAUGAAGCUAACGUUCCAUCCCCAUCACCAUCAUCUCCAUCUUUUAGGUGUCAGACGUCAGAAAAUGCUCCAACUCAGCAAUUAUCAUCAGCAGGCUCCUCUUCUCCAGCCUUUACUGUCUCCAGUAUUCCUCCUUCUCAGUCCAACUGCGUCUCACAAAGCGGUUUGACAUAUAAUGACAACAGUGGUGGGGAGAUAAAAACUGAAAAUGAAACUGCUGUUGAGAAAACCCAGAAGGUCAGCAGCCAAAUGCAGCAAGAUGCAGAAGUCAAUAUUCAAAGUGACCAGGACAAAGAAAAUAGAUUGCACUUCGCAUCCAAUUCACAUAGUAAUAAGAAGAAGGACAAAUGCACAUCAGAGGAGCAACAAAACACAAGCGGCGUCGGUGUGAUCGUCUCGGCUCGUUCUGAAGGAAGUCAUGCUGAAAAGAGGAAGCAUCACCAAGACAACUGUGUGGAGGAGAAACAGCCACACUCAAGGGAGUCAAGCAGUCAUAACGGGGAGGAAGGUGUAGACCUGAGUCUUUAUUCCUCCCACCACCCAAAAUCAAACUCUGGAAGAUCUCAAAACCCUCCCCAGUCUGCCCCACAUAAAUAUUCAUAUCCAGAGUCCACAUAUGGCUCAGAUUUGUCCAUGAAGAGCAGAGUGAGGCCUGGACCUGCGGGUGGAAUGGAACCAAACCCCAGAUACUUGGGGUACCAACAGUCGCAGAUUGCUUAUGGUCCCAUGCAUCCGAAAGAAUCCGGGUCUGUAGCCGAGGCUUUGGUGAAGAGGGGCCAAGGUGCCGGACCUAAAGGUCAGGAAGAAAAUUCCCAGAUGCAGCCAUUCCAAAGUCUUUUGCAAGAAGUUCUUCAGGGUUACAAUUUAGAUAGACGCUACGGUAGACCAGAGCAGGCCUUUCCUGCCCAUCAUCAAAUGCAGCAGCAGUUUUCGAGCAGGCACCAGUUUGGCAUGACUGAGGGCACAAGAAUGCAAAGUGGAUUAUCUGAGGGUUCGGCUUAUUCUGCCCACAUGGACAGCUCAGGAAAGCCCCCAAACCAGAGGCAUGGAAAUGAGGCAAUAGAUCUACAAUCUUCGGUCAAAACAGAAGUGUCUAAUGCUAAGGUUCCUCAAAAUAUAGAAAAAACAGAGGCAGGUGUCUCCCACAGUCAUUUAUUACAAGAGUCCCAGCACACUCCUCCCAAACAUAUAAACUUAGCCGACUAUUCUCUGCCUCAUAAAAAAGUAUUAUCUAAUUUUCCCACUACCUCUUCUGCUGUGCAGGAGCUCCUUUUGCAAGAGCCAGAGCCGAUAACUGGCUCCAUUGGUCAAAGUGAGGCUCAGAAAUCAUCAGGCUCCACAUUAGCCCCAUCAGAGAGGCGCUCUGUCAUAUGUGAUGUGUCGCCAAAGAGACGCAGCACACCGGAGAGGGACAGGGAGGGUGGAAGGGAAAAAAGUCAGAGCGGAGCCUCUGUGAUUCAACAGCAAUUUUCCUCUCCAGCAGCAGCCAAUGAUCUGAGUAAAAAGGAUCCUAAAGAGAGGCAAGUUGGGAAAAUAGAAGCGGCGUCAAAAGAGGCUGGAAUGGAGGCUGUAAACGUACAAGCUAAGCAUCAUUCUAGCAGUGAAGUUAGUGAAAAUGACGUGGAGUAUCCGUCCAAAUCCGCCCAUUCAUCGGCUGAGAUGGCUGCUGACCCCUUCGGGCGAAGCAGCGUGGAUAUGAAUCCAAUGGCCUCUCACUCUGUAAGCACCAAUCCUUUGUCUUCACCAUCAAGACAUCAGUCAUAUCUUCACGGUGUUGAUCUGUCAACUAGCAGCAGGACUUUUCCUGGAUUCCGAUAUGGAGAUACAAGAGAAGGCAGUAUGAGGUCACGUAACAAUCCGCAUUUUCCCUCUCACCAUCCAUACCAGCAUUUACCCCCUCAGUCUCAAGCCACAAACAAGCUUCACAUGUAUCCACACCCCCGUGGCCUUCCUCAUCACCCGCAUGAAAUGAGUGACUGGGUCAAAGCCAUGAACAGACCUUUUAAGGAGAUGAUGAUCAUGCAGCCUGGCUCUUCUCCUGGAAGACACAAAGCCUCCCAGUCAGAGCAAAGACAGCAAGGAACCGACAUGCCCAGUGAGCAACUUGCCGGCAACGCGUCGCUCCAUCAUCAAAGCGGCUACUAUGAUAUGAAAAUGUGGGAUUCAGCUCACAGCGGAGGAGACGGCGUCCGAAUGAUGGAAGGGGACUCUUACUACAGAAUGCAACCCUCCCCUUCACUUCCACCUCCAUCCUCUGCUCCCAGAAGUUCACACGGCCCCGUCCCUCCAAAAAUUCCUCAUAGCCAAAACGCUGCUGAACCUGAGGUCUCCAAGAGCGGCCCAGAGGAGGCCAAACAUCCCUGCCAGCCUCCUCCUCCAAGCUCCACUAAGCUUCGAGCCGAUACAAACUCCACUCACCCACAGCUACAGCGUCACACUAAAGCUGGCGUUUCAGGAGACACAAACCCACUAAUGCUAAGGAGGAGGGUUCGCUCUUUUAUCUCUCCAAUUCCUGCCAAAAGACAACUCCAGGAUUCUUCUCAGCAGAGAGUAAAUACAAACUUAAACCACUCUCCUGCUGUUAAACCAGAACCCAGCCAUCACCAAGAAGAUGACCCAUCCAGCUCAGAUAUGCCAUGUCCCAGGCUCUCUUCCCCUCUGGCAGGAGAGACCACUUUUUCACAACCUCUGUCUCCAUCAAGUGGUCACACCAAGGCUAUCCCUUCCAGAAAAGGAAGAGGGUUGAAGCUGGAGGCAAUAGUGCAGAAGAUCACCCCAAAUAUUAAAAAGCCAGUAGGGCAUACAGAUGAUGAGUCCAACCAUUACCCGGGCUUUCAAUCAGAAAUGGCAGCAUUCAGUGACCCACAGGAGCCAGACUUGGGACAUUUCUCCAGGGCUGCCGGAGGGGAUGAUAGUUACAUGGAGGAAAGUCACUCGCUAAACGAAAUGAUUCCUUUUCGAGGUGUUGAUGACACUUUAGCUCCACCUGCCUACACCUGUGAACCCCAUCAGACACCUCAAGUCAUCAAACAAGAUUUUGAUUUUGGAUUGGGAGCCGCUGUCGCUUCAGCGUCUGGUGACAAGGAAGACUUUGCUCUGCUCGGACCUUUACCCCCUCCUCCCCCGCUUCCUCGCCCGGUCCAGGGCUCUCCCCCUCCGUCUUCAUCCGCCCUGUCCGAUAUUCAGCAUUUCACCAACACUUAUCAGCAGCUGGAGACACGAAGAGGGGAGCAGUCUGCUGCUAACCUUCUUCGGCAGAAACUUCAAGAAACUGGCAUGGGAUUUGACGAUUACCCUGGCAGUGACUACUACGGGACCACCCCUCCCCACCAAGGACACAUGCUGAACAGACAACAUCAGAUGUCUCAAAGAUCCAGUCUGUCGCCGCAAGACUCCAAGCCUCUGGAGAAUCUUGUGCCUAAAGGCUAUUUCCCUUCUGGAAAGAAAAAGGGCCGGCCCGUGGGGAGCGUGAAUAAACAAAAACGGGCUCAGAACCAAGUUCAAACACAGGCCCAGGCUCCAGUCCAGAUGCAGAACACCACUCCGAGUGCUCCUCAAGCUCCACCCGUGUCCACUCCAGCUGCUCCCACACUCCCAGCAGCAGCACAGCCUGCCAGCAGCAGCGCCACCCCCACAGCACCCACUCUGCCAGAGAGCGAAAGCACUCCACCGCCAGACCCACCCGUUCUAACCCAGGUGGUGAAAGCAGAUGUGGAGAGCGAGGACACGCAGCCAGAAGCCGAGGCGAAAGCUGCACGCCGCAGACGCAGAGGAGUGAAAGACGAGCCCUCGGAAGCGAGAGGCCGACAGAGGAGGAGAAGAAGAGUGGCUGUCCCUCCGACACCAUCGGUGGCCAAAGAGGACCCUGAUGAAGCUGUGGGGGGUGGAGGAAUCCAAGUUUUCCUGGAUCCUAACAGAAGAGGCCCGUUUAUCCCACACAUACACGUGGAGAAAAAAGUGCCAGAGAUCGGGGCAGUGUGUACCAUUGUUAAUGCAGAGGAGGACAAAAUGAAAGGGGAGCGCAGUGCAGUCGGAGGGAAAGCCAGCGGGAGUGGAAUAGAUUCCCUCCUGACCUCAGCGCUUUCCUCUCAGGUAUCCAGGCGAGACAGAGAAACGGAGAAAAGAGACACAGACGAAGUAGAAACCACGCUUCAAACAGGCAAAGCCCUUCCCUCCUCUGGUUAUGUCAUUUCAGGCCCGGUGAUAACAGAGAGUAACCACUCAGGCCGCCUGCUCUGCUGCCUGUGUCAAAAAUGGGCAAAUUAUAAACACCUGGGAGAUCUCUAUGGGCCGUACUAUCCAGCUGAAUAUGCUGCAAAGCUGCCUAAGAACCAGCCCCAGAUCAGACAGGGUCAGGCCAGCACAGGCAGAACUGGACCAAAUUCAGACACGAGCUCCAAUGCUUCCAGCACAAACCAAGACACAAAACCCCACAGUGUUGACGCCAACAGCCUAGAUUUAAACCUGACUCCUGCAGUAAGUACGGCCUCCCCGGCUGGAACAGAGGAGUUGAUGUUCAUGGCCAGCAAGCUUUUUAACGCCACUUCAUCUUCCUCCUCGUCCUCCUCCUCUUCCACCGUAAAAACAUCUGUGACCUGGGAUGCGAAUGUGGAUAGCCGACCUAUCCCUGAGCUCAAAAGAGAGCCAGAUAUUGAAAUUGAGCCGCAGCAGUCACAGAAACAGCCCACAGAUGAAGCUCAGCAGCGCGCUCAACACAGAAAGCUGACUUCCCAUCCCCGCUUCAAAAGAAGACACAAGUCCCGGGAAGAUUCCCCCAGGAUGGUGCCCUCCAACAGCAAGGCAUCCCUACCCUUUCAGCCCCCUCCACCCGCCUUGGACUCCCUGGGACCUUUGGCACAACUUGCACAGCUGCCCCAGAUGCCCCUGGAUCCAGAGGAACUAUGGGUACACGAAGGGUGUAUAGUGUGGACCAGUGGAGUGUACCUCGUCAAUGGCCGACUGUACGGCCUCCAGGAGGCACUAGAUGGCGCCAGAGAGACGAGCUGCUCAUACUGUGAGAUGCUCGGCUCGACUUUGGGCUGCUACAGCAAAGGCUGCACACUACGCUAUCACUACCUUUGUGCCAUUGAAGCAGAUUGUGCUCUGAAUGAGGAUAACUUCUCUUUGAGGUGUCCGAAGCACAAGGUAAAAAAGGAGAGUUUAUCCAAAGCCUCCGGCCAGCCAAGGCUGUGGAGCAGUCAGAGAGAGGCUGAGGAAACCGGAGAGAAAGAAGACACACUUGAACCUGGGAUCUGUUACAUUGGACAAUGAGAGUCUGGAAGGCGGGACGAUGCUGGACUGGCAUUUUGCAGGAGAUCAACUAAAGGGAAUGUACAAUUUCUUUACCGGAAUCAGCAUUAUUUACAUUCAAGACAAUGGAGAACAGAUUUCUUUUCUUUUUUUUUUACAUUGAUCUUUAAAAAAAAAGGACAAAAACACAGAGGAACAAGAAAGAGACUUUGAUCAAAGUGGGAUGAAAUGAGACAUCAAGACCAACAAAGGAAUUAAAGGAACUUUUAUACCAAGAACAAAAGAAACAGACCUUCUCUCUAGGCUUAUUUUCAUUUCUCAGACGCCCUUUAGAGUUUUUGCCUCUUGUUUAACAUCAUCUACAAUAUCGUUUCUCUUUUUUUUGUUUGCUUUGAAUAAGUGAACUGGGAGAAAGUUGGGUGUCCAGUUAUUACUUUAGUCCUUAUUAUCAUUUUGUAUCCUUGCUAGUAUUUACUCAUAUCAAAGGAAACGGAUGUAUCUCGCAUUGUAUUUAGUCAAAGGUUUUGUUUUGCAUUCCUAGAGAAGAAGAAGUGAUGAUGUCUGGAAUGUCAGGGUCAAGUUUACCACAAAGACAUUAUUGCCUUGGAGAACGGACAUCUGUUGCCUUUAAAAAAAAAAUCCUGUAUGAGUGAACAAGGAGCGUGUGAGGAAAAAAAACAAAAACAUGUCUGAGUCUUUGAUUCCGUUUUGGUCCUUUUGAAAAGUGUUCUUAUUUUUCAUCGCUGGGGGUUUUUACGGUACAGAUAGUAAUCAUGAAAAAUUAGAUGAAGAGUCUUAUUUUUCAAAAACAAAACGUUACAAGAGAUGGAGAGACACUUGGCAGCAGGAAAAGGCAAAACCGUGGACGAGUGUUUGCCACCUUUAUGAAGAGGACAGAAAAAAGAUGGAGGACAUUGAAAAACGUUGUUCUAGGUGAAACUUUGUAUGUGGCUUUCUUUUGACUAACACACCUGAGGCGUGGAUGCAUCAUCAUCAUCAUCACACCUGUGACUGGGCCAGCCUUCCUGGCCAGAGUGAACUGAGCCAAACCAAGGACUUUUGAACAGUUUGGACGUUUGGUCACACAGACGCUGAAUCCAUUCAAACCAAGCAUUGCCAUCUGAUGUCAAAGUGAGUCAUACAUGGUGUCGUCUUUCUCAUUUUUUAUUGUUAUUCUUGUACAAAAGAUAAAAGAAAAAAAAAGGUCAAAGGAAACAGUUACAUUAUCAAAAACAUGCUGUAUAACAAACCUGUCAAUAUGUAUAUGAAUUAUGAAUACACUUAAAAAUGCUUCAAGUA